AGAGAGAGAGAGAGAGAGAGAGAGAGAGAGAGAGAGAGAGAGAGAGAGAGAGAGAGAGAGAGGGAUAAUAUUUCAAGAACCUGCAUCUUUCUCUCUCUGUCUUUAUCGAUCUUUUGAGGUCAUGGACAUCGAUCUAUCUUUGAAGCUAGACGCUGAAGAAGAAGGCGAACGAUCGACCGAAGAUCAUAGUGGAGUGCAAGCAGGUGAUCAUCAGGAUGAUCAGGAACGCUCAGGAGGUCCAGAAGAAGCUGAGGCUGCAUUAACGACCGCUUCAGGCGAAGAACAAGAACGACAAGAAGAAGAAGAAGAAGAAGAAGAAGACGGCGACGGCGAAGAAAAUGGGUCGGUUGAUUUAUCGUCUCGAGAUAGUAUGAAGACGGAAGAGUUAUGUGUUUUGAAAAAGGAGAUGGAUCGGAUGAAAGAAGAAAACAAGGCUUUGAGGAAGGUGGUGGAGCAAACAAUGAAGGAGUACAAUGAUCUCCAGCUCAAACUAGACCAUGUUCAUCAAUCCAACCAAUCAAAGGAUCCUUCAACCUUUCUCUCGCUCUACACGAAAGGAAAACCCGAUCAAGAACCGAAAUCUCUAUCCGGCCCGAAUGAGAGCUCUCCGUCGCCGUCCCCGAAAAAUGACACCCUUGGGGAGAGCGAUCUAGGGUUGUCGCUGGGAUUACAAAUUGGCACCGACCCACAAGGAAUACAAGUGCAUAAAGAAGAUGGCAUCACCAAGGUCCAAAAUCACACAAAUUUCCCGAUGAUACAUGACAAGAUCCAAAGGACCGAUCAGUUUGCAGGCAUAACAAGUCAUGUCGCCUCCAUGCCCAACAGGAAAUCUCGAGUCACAGUUCGAGCAAGAUGCGAAGCAGCCACAUUGAGCGAUGGUUGUCAAUGGCGAAAGUACGGUCAAAAAAUUGCAAAAGGGAAUCCAUGUCCUAGAGCAUAUUACCGGUGCACCGUGGCACCAGGAUGUCCAGUGAGGAAACAAGUGCAAAGAUGCUUGGAGGACAUGUCCAUCUUGAUAACAACCUAUGAAGGUACACACAACCAUCCACUUCCAGUGGGUGCAACAGCCAUGGCCUCAACAGCCUCCAAUGCAGCCUCUUUUGUAUUACUCGAUUCAAGCAUGAAUCCUCUCUCGUCGGACGGAUCUAUGUCUUCAAAUUUCGUCAACAAGCAACCGUCAUUGCUUCCCUACCACAUCACAAACCCCAGCGUUCCCUCUCAAUUUCCAAGCUCUCGAAGCUUAAACCCUAGCAACGACCCCUCGAAGGGCAUCGUUCUCGAUCUCACCCACAUGAACCACUACGAGCCGCUGCACAACUUGCCGAUGAGGAUCAAUUCUGCCACGAAUUACCCGUUGCCUCAUCUGGGUCCCUCUUGGAUGAGCAGAAGGCCGAGCUAUGACGCUUUCCCAGGCAAUUCGAGAGGCUCGGAUAAGCCACCAGGAUCAGCCGAGAACGCGAGUGCGAGUUCCAUCGCUUGCGAUCCCCAGUUUAGGGUUGCUGUGGCGGCUGCUUUGACGUCUCUCAUUAAUAACAAAGAGAAGGGCGGGACAAUAAUGAGCGAGAGUCGUCAUCCUAUGGAGCCCUCUUCAUCAAAUAGGGAUGGUGAGAAUGGUGGCUCAUCAAAUGGUGGAAGUAACAACCUGGUUCUUGAGUCUUUCUCUCCUAAUGGUAAGCCAAUUCAACUCUUGCCAUAGAGUUAUCUUGCACCCAAAAAAGAAAAAAGAAAAAGAAAAAUUAAUAAGUGCUGUAAUUUAAAUUCACAAACAAGUCGAAGCGUAUACUUUCAGAUCCUAUGCACCUUGUCUUUUGGAGCUCUUUUCAGUCUGGUCAAUUCUAGGUUUACUACAAUCAGCGGUGGACUUGUUCAGUCUGGUUUUCUUUCCUGUUCUUGAGUUCCAGAUAUCUCUUUUUUCAUGUGUAUUUAUAUAUUCCAACUCCAAUCUCAAGGCAGAGCUCCCAGGAUCUUAGGAUCUUCAGAAGCGUUUUAAUAGUACCA